AUGCACUGUGCUUUUCUUGACUUGCAGAAGGCUUUCAACUCAAUAAGCGGUUGUAUCGAUACCGAGUCAUGCUAUCAAGACAAUAAAAAAAGCCUAGAAAGAAAGAUAAGCUUGCUUAAUUCUCAAUUAGCUAUUUCUAAUAAUCUCUACAAUAACCCAAUGGCAGAAAGCGCUUUAAACGUUAUAGACACCUUAAGAAAUAAAACAACAGAGAUUCUGAGUAGACCAAACAAUCGCGAAUUAGAAAUAGAUUUCAGAGCAAUGUGCUCAGCAAUUCAGAACAAUUCUAGCCUUCACGAUCCACAAUUAAUGCAAGCUUACCAAGAUUAUCUUAAUGCUUAUCAGCAAAAAACAUCUCUUUAUAAUAUUGCAAGUGAUUAUGAAGAAGAUAUAACUUAUUUAUAUAUUUAUAGCACUGAAACUGGAGAAGUCAAAAAAUUGCAGACUCCACCACAACUAGACUCAUUUACCUACUUAACUCAGCUUCCAAAUGGCAAGCUAUUUUGUGUUAGUAAUUAUGAACUUUCUGGAAUUACAAUGCUAAUUGGUGUGAAUGGCGCAGUUGAAAUGAUGCUAUCUGGAACUCUUUUACCAGAUUCACCAUGCAUCUAUUUCAGCAACAGCGUCUAUUGUUUUGGAAGAUUAACUAGACCCUAUUUAUCUCUAUCUAUUAGAUUCGAUUUGGAUCAAAAUCGCUGAAUUAAAUUAUCCCCAAUGCCAAAAGCUGAUUUAGCGUGCAAUAGCAUAAUAUUUAAUGGAAAUAUUUUGAUUUCUGGAUGUCAAAAUAGAAAUCUUUUCUUAUAUUCAAUUGAUAUCGACUCUUUCUCCACAAUUCCUUAUGAGUUCGCAGAGUAUAGAAGAAAGAUCCUGGUAAAUGCAGAGAGACUAUAUUUGAUUGAAAGCCCUGGAUGAAUCUAUGAAAGCGAAAUUGGAAGCUACUUAAAUUGAAGACGAAUAGGAAAAUCAAUAAUCAAUAGUGAGUCUUCUCAAGUGUAUUGUGUAUAUAAUAAAGGAGGAAUAUACAUCUCAACUAUUUAUGAAUCAUCCAGAGAAUAUUAUUAUUUUAAUUUAGAUCAAAAAAACAUUAUUGAUUUAGCUUAUUAUAGUAGAAAUUACUUACUUAGAAGAGUUGGUAAAAAGAUUGAAUCAAUAAAAUAUAACCAGAAUUAUGCCCUUGAUCCUCAUUAUAGGGAUGAAUGAGACCUAAAAGGCAUGAGUCUACACGAAUUAGCAAAAAUUCUAGAAGAUAUCGAGCGCUAUGACGAACGAAUCAAAGAAGAUCCAAAUGACGCUUCUCUUUACGAUAGCAAAGGCUACACUUUGGGUAGUUUAAGAAGAUAUCUAGAAGCAAUUGAAUGCUUUGAUGAAGCAAUUAAACUCAAUCCUAACGAUAUUGGUUUUUACUGUGGUAAAGGCUGCGCUUUAUAUGGUUUAAAAAGAUAUCAAGAAGCAAUUGAAAUCUAUGACAAAGCAAUCAAACUAAAUCCAAAUAUUACUAUUUUUUACUAUGAUAAAGGCAACGCUUUUUAUGGUUUAAAAAGGUAUCUAGAAGCAAUCGAAUGCUAUGAAGAAGCAAUCAAACUCAAUCCAAAUGAAAGUCUUUUUUACCAUAAUAAAGGCUGCGCCUUUUAUGGCUUAAAAAGAUAUCUAGAAGCAAUCGAAUGCUAUGAAAAAGCAAUCGAACUCAAUCCAACGAGUGCCACGUUUUAUAAUGAUAGCGGCAAUGCUCUUUAUGUUUUAGAGAGAUUGCAAGAAGCAAUACAAUGCUAUGAUGAGGCAAUCAAAUUUGAAUCCAAUAAUCCUUUGCAUUUCUGCAGCCGAGCUAGAGUAUUUAAUAAUAUCAGACAAGAAGAAGCAGCUUUACAGGACUUUAAUAGGGCUUAUAAUUUAUGGCAAGUAUAUAAUGAAAGUGUUUUCUUUGAGGAUGAAUGGAAACUUUCUGAAGAAGAUAUCAAAUUUAUUAACGACAUAUUAGGCCGAGACCGCAUUGAACUACUCCAAAAAAUGCAGAUUUAA